UCAUACAAAUUUUUACUUCUAAAAGGCCGCAUCUUUCCUUUUCUGCAGCUCAUAGGUAAACUGGGUAAAUCUCAACAAACAUGGCGACCUUACGGUCGAGGAAGUAUUUGAGCUGCUUCUAUUGUGGAAGAAGAUCCAAACUACGAUUUGAGGGCCAAAACUCAUUUGUUUGCGCCUACUGUGAAGCAACAAAUUGGUUAGACGAAUAUGGAGAUAUCACCGAUCCACCCUCCGCGACGUUACCUGUAGAGCGCAGUCAAGUCCAGUUCGCUAUUCCUCGCGCGUCAAGUUUCCGCUCACCGACACGAUCAUUAUCACCGGUUGGAUCAGGUUUUGAAGAACCAGUGUUCUGCGAUAUAUGCUUAAGAAAUCAGCAUAUGCUCACGAAUUCACUAGCCCAAUUUGAGUGGCCGGACGACCAUAACAGUGUUGAAUAUGCCGCCCGGGAGAGAAAAUAUUGGGCCCUCCGAAAAGACCUCGAGAAACGAUAUCCUCAGAUGUGCGCAAACUGCGAGCCAAAGGUAGAAAAGAAACUCAACGAGGCUAGCUACACAGCGCAAACCGAUCAUCUACGCCGAAUGAUUGCUCGUACGCGAUCACAAAGGAAAGAAGUCAAGAGGCGAGGAAUCCUAGAUGUUUUUGAUUUCAUGGGAAAAUGGACAUGGUAUCUUGGCUUUGCGCUUCAGUUUUUAUGGCAUAUCGCUAUGCUUUGGUCCCUUGCCAUGAGCCAGUUUACGUUAACUGCCACGGAUUCGCGCAUGGUUACGAUCCUAAAAGGCGCACAAAGGCUCGCCAAUGAUCGUUUGCCCCUGAGCGCAAAUCAGCUUAUGCAAUGGGCUAUAAACCUAGGCAUAUGCUCACUUCCGUGGAAUCCACGUUUCAAGCAGACUAUCAGAGGUUUCACGGCGCAUUACCUGGGAUUCAAGCAUUGGUACACAUAUCAAUUGCUUACCCUACUGAUACGAUACGCCGGCCUCUCCAUGGCUCAGUAUAGUUCCUCGCAAGGGCUACAAAUCUCAGCACAACUGGGCGCACAAUUCGCCAUAGCGCUGCUCAUGACCUUCGUAUACUACACGUCUAAGAACUCUAUCCGUACUGAUACGACACCUCUGUUUCGACGUCAUUCGAAGAUAGAAAAAGCAAGGGCACCAGAGACCAAACCAGAGGCACCUAGAGACCGAAAUGACCUAGGCAGCAUACUAGAUGAGAUUUCCCAAUCAUCUUCGAAAGCGCAUGCCGAUUCUGCGCAUCCGCCUUGGAGUUCGAAUACUCAUCCAACGACUACCGAAAGCAAUGGGUUGUUCGGUGGCCCAAUCCGGAGACCGUACGAUAACAAGUUGCCCGAGCCUGGCCUUGGCUCUCUUAACCUAUCCGACGCAGCUAGGGUUGAAAAGCCGAAAUCGAAGAAGCCCGAAAUCGUUCAGUACGAGGAAGAAAUGGAUUGGACGCCGUCCGCUUCACAACAUCGAGCUUUCAGCUCCUACAAUCCAUACAAAGUCAAGAAUACCAACCCACGGUUUAGUGAUAUCCCGAUAGAGCCCAAAUCCGGGCCAAUAUGGUACAAGGUCCCUCCAGCGCCUACUAGUCCUGCACAGAGAAUACGCAACCCCCCUAUGCGCCCACUCAUCCGAGAAAGUCCCAAAGAGAAGAAAGAGAACUUCUUUCAGAACACGAGUAGAGGGCCUCUCGAUUUGGGGUCUUCGAGUCUAGGCACUUUGUCGGACUUCAAAAUUUCCGAACCCAAGUUCUUUGCGCCAGAAGAUAGAGAUGACCCCCGCGAUGGCCUAUCUAACAUGUUCGCCAACUCAUUCAGCAUUAGCCCAGAUCCAGAGGAAGAGAGAUACCGUAGGCCUCGAACGACAACAUCGAAAAGCAUUAUUUUCGGGGGAAAGGGCGGCGCGGUGGAUACCCAGAGUCAUCGCGUAACGCGUUCAGUGGAGCUACUCGUCCUUAUCAUCGCACUCGGUGGUUGGAUUGCUGCUUUACGCACGCAAGAGCAGUAUGGCUCCAGUCUUGCACUUAGUUCCAUUAUUGCCUGCCUCAUUGUUUCGAUUCGACUUGCCGCCGAUCUGCAAGUCGAGGCUCAAAUGAAGACCGGAAAGCCGCCGUCGAUUUUUGCCCCGUCGUGGGCGAAUCUGGGAUUGGCACUGGUGGUAGCUUCAUUGAUACUUGCCUGGACUAUCUGGUUAGAGAAUGGAGCUUAUACCUCCUACCAUAUGUACGGUAGUGCCCACUUUGCGACGGUGAUUGUUCAUCACAUGUGGCAUACAUUCGCAUAGAGGUGAGGAAGAAAAGAUUGAGGAUCAUGAUCAUGUUAGGCGGAAAGAAUAUAUAGGAGGGUCAGCUCAUGAGGUUGGAAUAAGGACAUCUUUUUUGUAAACAGGCAAAGGGUGCCGUGCUACGUAUAAUUUAUGGCGGAAAAUGGCAGA